ACGAUAAAAAAAGUUGAGUUGGAGGUUACGUUGUCAGACCAAAAAGUUAAUAAAAAAGAUUCUGAAAGUAAGAGGAAGUCGUGUACAUUAGAGCCUCUUCAAUCGAAACGUCAAAAAGGAAAGCUUUUGAGAAUCCAGAGAUCCGAAAAAUCGUUACACAACGCGCAACCUAAUGCUGCAUUUUCCUGUGAUACCACAGUUUUGUUAAAAAAUAAAAAUAAAAAGCACAAAUCGACAAGUCAUUCUCAAUCUAUUUUAUUAUCAUCCAAGAAAAUUAAAAAAAGUAAAUAGUUUUUACUUCCUGUUAAUAAUUUAUCAACUUUAUAAUUUUCUUCUAAACAAAAGAAUUUUUUGUCAAAAAAUCAAAGAUACAAACGUUACUAAAAACAAAACGCGUUUAUUUUUUCAAUAUAGCGGCAGCGCUUAUCAUACUACUGUUAUUGUUUUUUGUGUACUACCUUACAAACGUACUUCACAAAACAAUACCAUUUCUACCAUCAGGUUGAUAAUCUUUGGUAUCUUUUUAAUGAUCAUCCACUUGGUUUCUGUGAGAAACGUCGUGGACACUUAGACACAUUGUGCGAUUAUCAAAGGAAUUAAUAGGUUUUAAGAUGUGCCCAAGUAACAGUCACAGGUAGACGACGCUGCUAAAAAAAAGCCGUUUGUAAUCCUUAUUUUCACUUGUUUCAAUGCAGCCCAGUGCUACAUACUCAAAUAUUAGAGAUAGUAAAGCUAUUUUGAAUGAUUACAAGGAAGGCGAUGCUUUAUUAUGGCUCAAUCAGAAGAAAAAAAAAAGAAAAACGCCUGUCUUAAAUGAUCCAUUGGCUGAAGUAGCGUCUCUUUUUGAGAAAAAACUCAACACAGAGAAUAAUUUAGAAAGACAAAUGGAGCAAAGGUUGCAGUCCGGUUUGUCGAAAGCUCGUCAACUCACUGCCAUCGCUCAAGGCGUUAACACAACCAAAAUACUUGAGAAUGCUGAUAAGAUAGGGAAUGAAGAAACAAAAGAUGAUUAUGUGGAUUAUUGUCGCUAUAAAACUACAGAAGAAAGAAAAGAAGUGACUCGCCGAACUCUUUUUAUUGGCAACGUGCCUGUUGAUACAACUUCUAAACAAUUACGACGGUAUCUUAAUUUAAAAAAAAGUCAAAUAGAGUCGAUUCGUUUCCGAUCCGUACCAAUUAAUCCUAAGUUUUCUAAGCAACGUGCUUGGGCAGCAUCUCACAAACAAUUAAUAGAAGAAUGCCAAACAAAGAAUGCUUAUGUGGUACUUUUGAAUGAAGAAGACGUGAAGCUUUUACUUUCAGCAGAAGAACAAUUUCUUGCCAAAGAUGGAAAAGUUUUACGAGUUACAUCAGUCGCUUAUGAUCGUAAACGUUUUAGUGUAUUUGGCGUGAAGAACACAAUUUUUGUGGGAAAUUUAUAUGUCAAAGUAACUGAAGAUGAAUUACGAAAUGUAUUUGAGGAAAAUGUGGGACCAGUAGAAAAUGUUCGUAUCAUACGGGAUCCUGUUGUCUAUAUUUCGAAAGGAUUCGGUUUUGUACAAUUUGUAAAUCGUGGUGACGUUACGAAAGCAAUUAAGACAAUGAACUCAUUCCUAGUCCAGAAACGUCCCUUACAUGUGACGAAAGCUUUGUCGGAAGACAAAGCUAAGAAAAUUGACACAGCUCGUAAAGAAAUGAUUCAAACUAAAAUUUUGAAAAAACAAAUAUUAAAGUUUCCGAUAAAAGAAUAAAAAAAAAAACAAAAGUUUAAUUUUUGUUUUUCUUACUGUUUUUUUUAUGUUAAUAUUUUAUAUGUAAUCUCUUGAAAAGCGGGAGAUCAAACAAACAGUUUAAUGUUUCAAACAAAUAUUAUUAAGUAAACAAUUACAUUAUCUUUAUGAAAUUAUUUAAAAGAACAUUAAGAAUUACAAAGCUUAAUUAUAUGAAAUGAAAAAAUAUAUAUACAGAUUUGGAUUAAUUUUUUUUGUCAAUAUUGCGAUAAAUAAGAAUUUUUUUAGAGAGGCAAAAAACUCACCAAGUGCCAUUAGUUUUGUUAAUGCUACAACACAAGAUUACAAGAAGCAUAAUUUUCCGUACACUUGUUUAUCUGUACCGAAAAGUAUUUGCAUUGACAAUGCGUCUUAUAUGAUCAGUCCUCCUAAUCCGAUUCCUAGUUUACUAGCAUAUUGGAGUUUCGACUAUUUAUUUUCAGUUGAUACAUCUAACAAUGGAAAUCAUUUCCAUCCAGGCUUUCCUGUAGGACCUCCUGUGUUCGGGAGUGGUUCUAGCGCCUUAAUAGAUACAUCAAUAA